AUGCUCUUAUCAUCAACCUUUUAUCUCAUCUAUGGGCUAGGAAACACCAUUUCUGGCGCCGUCUUCCUCAUCAACGGCCGUACACCGAGUCCGUUCUCCAAGCCGAGCACACUAUGUCUUGUCAGUGGCUGGUUCAGCCAGGCGAACGCCCAGCACAUUGACUUCAACAUUCUGAUCAUUUCCAUCAUUGUUCUUUUGUCCGUUGUGAGGAAGGACUCCAUCGCCGAGCUGGAUACCAAAUGGCAGGUUCUGAUCUGCUUCUCGGCAUGGCUUCCUGGCUUCACCACCGGAACCAUUGGUCUCGCGCUGAAUUCAUACGGUUACGUCAGUGGCAACUGGUGCUGGAUCAGGAGCAACAGACUCGACCUGCGCUAUGGCCUCUCCCACGGCUGGCGCAUCGCCAUCUUCUUCGUCACGAUCGUCAUCUACACCUACAUCUACAUCAAGCUGAAGCGUGUCUUCAAGGGCCUCAGGAGCAUGUCCACGGCCACCGGCACGCGCAGGAAAACAGAUCACAUGGUCACGGUGCCCUCUGAUCCCGACAACAACGACACGCAGAAGAUUCUCGUCGCCCACUCCGUCUCCGUCAGCCACGAGAUGCAAAACCUGCCGCGAACACCAGACACGGCGGACCAUGAGCACGGCUAUAAUAACGAUCCUGUGACACAGUCGACGGUCACGGCGUCUGGGACCGACAGCAGGCCUUUUGAGGCGUCGCGCAUGCCGGCGGCGCCCAAUGUCAGGAAGAUGCUGCUCAUGAACGGAUACCCGAUCGCGUACAUCAUUCUGUGGAUGCCCGGCAUCGCGAACAGGUUGGCUGAGUCGGUUGGAAAGUCUCCGCGGUGGCUGAGCGCCAUGCAGGCCUCGACGCAGUAUAUUGGCCUGAUCAACGCGUUGACGUACGGCUUGAGCGAGCAGAUGCGACAAGGCGUGUGGAAGAAGUUGAAGGAUACCGGUGGAAGAAGAUGA